AAUAACGCGGUUUGCAUGCCAGCCAUUCCCUUGCAUUUUAGAUUCCAAGCAAGCUCCUUUUUUUUUUUUUUGGAUACAAAUUGGUGGGGGUGGGGAGAGAAAAAAGGAACCGGGAAGAGAAGGAAAGGGGAAGUUAAACCUUCCCUCCCUCCCUUUCUUCCUCAGAAAACCAAAUAUGGCCUCUUCCAUGAGGAGUUUGUUUUCUGACCACAGCAGAUAUGUUGAAUCCUUUCGGAGGUUUCUCAGCAAUUCCACGGAACACCAGUGCAUGCAGGAAUUCAUGGACGAAAAGCUGCCAGGCAUAAUAGCAAGGAUUGGAGACACAAAAUCAGAAAUUAAGAUUCUCAGCAUUGGCGGAGGUGCAGGUGAAAUUGAUCUUCAAAUUCUCUCCAAAGUGCAGGCUCAAUACCCAGGAGUUCAUAUCAGCAAUGAAGUUGUUGAGCCAAGUGCUGAACAAAUCGCCAAGUACAAAGAGUUUGUAGCCAAGUCAUCAAACCUCGAGAACAUAAAGUUUGCUUGGCAUAGGGAGACAUCAUCUGAAUAUCAAAAUAGAGUGAUGGAGAAAAAAGAACUUCAGAAAUGGGACUUUAUUCAUAUGAUUCAGAUGCUGUAUUAUGUGAAAGACAUCCCAGCUACGCUGAGAUUCUUCCAUAGUCUCUUAGCUACUGAUGCUAAGAUUCUUAUUAUUCUUGUGUCAGGAGCCAGUGGCUGGGACAAGCUAUGGAAAAAGUACGGGUCCCGCUUACCCCGGGAUGACCUCUGCCAGUAUGUCACAUCGACCGAUCUCACUCAGAUGCUGGACAAGUUGGGGAUUAAGUAUGAGUGUUACGACCUUCUGUCCACCAUGGACAUAUCUGACUGUUUUAUUGAUGGCAAUGAAAAUGGAGACCUGCUUUGGGAUUUUUUGACAGAAACCUGCAACUUUAAUACAACAGCACCACCUGAUCUCAAAGCAGAAAUUGUGAAAGAUCUGCAAGAGCCUGGAUUCAGUGUAAAGAAAGACGGAAAGGUUCUUUUUAAUAAUAGUCUGAGUUUCAUUGUGGUUGAGGCAUAAAUAGCAAUCAUGACAGUGUACUCAAAAAUUAUAUUUUGAACAACAGUGAUCAUUUAUUUCUGUAUUAAAAUUACAAAUACUUCUCAGAAUAUAAAUAGAGUAUUGUCACUUAUACAUAAAAUCUAGAAAAUUCCAAGACUUCCAUGUAGAAUCAUAUAUGAUAUUGCUGGUCUUAUCCCCUCCCUCUUCCAGGUAAAGAACCCACAUGUAGGCUAAAUACCACAUAAGCUGGAAAAAUGACAAUUAAGUUUCCCUGGCUUAUUGACAAUAAAAUCCUUUCCAUUUAUGGAUUGUAUUGGAAUUUCCUAGAAUACUAAUGAAGUAUGUACUAUGUAUUCGUUAAAUACUAGUAAGAAUAUGCUUCUUGCUACUUUGAACACAAAGAAAGUACAUGUUUAUUGAUUUUUUCCCUGUUGUGAAGAAGUAUUUGUAUAUUCCUCUA